AUGUUAGAAAUAAAGAAAAGCAAGGCGCAAGACGUCCGAGGUAUUCUCCGAAGAGGGCAAGAUCAGGACAAAACAAUUAAGGACGAAAAUGAAGGAGCACCGUAUUCAGGCACGGCAAGACCGACCACGGACGCUGACGUUGCCAUGGAAUGCGAGAAAUGCGCCUUCCCAAAUGCAUCGACUCGAAAAGAUCGCUCCUUCCUCUCCGAUGCAGCGGUUUAA